AUGGUAGCUGAGAUAAAAGAAAACUCUUGGAAUUUCAAUUUCUCAAAAGCGUUAGACCCGGCUGAAAGCAUUGAUCUUCUUGAGAUCAAGCACGACCUGAGGAACAUUGUGUUGUCACCAGAUGAAGAAGACGUUACUGAUGGCUUGUGUACAGCUAAAGCUCUAUACAACAAACUGGAUGAAGUUGAAGACAAUUGGGAGUAUGAGAUGACUAUAAGAAGCAAUUGUGAUCCACCUAAAGUAACUUUUCUAAUGUGGGCUGCUAUGCAUGAAUCAAUUCCGACUAGAGACAUGUUGCGGCGCAGGAGGGUAACUGUCAAUUCAGAUAGCUGUGUGUUCUGUAAUUCUCACGUAGAAAGUCAGGACCAUCUUUUCUUGCAUUAUAGCUGGGCAAAGGGGUUGUGGGAUAUGUUUCUUAACUCUGUGAAGCUGAGAUGGGUUUUCAAUGAAGACUUAAGAAGUUUUAUGAAAAGCUGGAGUUUGAAUAGAAUUCCAAAGAGAUUAAGAAAGGUUUGGCACCUAGUUCCUUUUGCAUUUUGCUGGGAACUGUGGUUGGAAAGAAAUCGAAGAGUUCAUGGUGGAAGAUCGAAAUCAAAUGACGAUUUGGAGUAUUCCGUUAAGAUAGAUAUAUGCUUAUGGAGUUCUUCGUCUGAAGUUUUUAAUGGUUAUUCUAUGAACCAGAUUCUGUUUCAUUGGGAUGAGAUUAUGUAG